CGCAAGGGAAGCAGCAGCAAAGAGAGCAGUGCCGGGCGCCAAGCCAGGGAGCAGCAAGAGCUGGCAGGAGACCACCGCGUCCGCGGCUGCUGUGGCGGCCCUUCUGGACAGCGCUGCAGGCGCCACCGCUAUAGGCAGCAGCGGAGCAGAAAAGGCUACAACUGCAUUUGCUUCGAGUGCUGCUGCUACAGGCGGCUCUGCUACAGCCGGUGCUGCUGGGGGGGCUGCUACUGGCGGUGCGUCAGCAGCAGGGCCGGCGGCGGCGGCGGUGGGCGAGUUCUGCAUCAUAGAGGGGCCGGACGCGCUGCAGGACUUUGCUCGCAUGCAGCUGACUGAGAUCCGUGACAACAUCACGUCCCGGCGCAACCGGAUUUUCCUGCUGCUGGAAGAGAUUCGCCGGCUGCGCAUUCAGCAGGAGAUCAAGAAUGCAGAGGAGAGCCGCAACAGAGCAGCAGCAGCCGCCGCACGAGCGAAAUUGGGAGGCCUGCCAGUGGAGGAGGAGGAGGAGAUGCCCGAGUACCCCUCCUCGAUUCCCUUCCUGCCCCCACUUAAAACGGACACUCUAAAGGAGUAUUACAUCACAUUCGCCUUCCUUGUCGCCAGCCUCAUCAUUUUCGGUGGCCUUGUGGCGCCCACUCUGCAACUGCGGCUGGGCAUGGGUGGCACAUCCUAUGAGGACUUUAUCGCCAGCAUGCACCUGCCACGCCAGCUCAGUCAAGUGGAUCCCAUAGUCGCCUCCUUCACAGGGGGAGCGGUGGGGGUGCUGUCAGCGCUGCUGGUGGUGGAGGUGAACAACGUGAAGCAGCAGGAGCACAAGCGCUGCAUGUACUGCCAUGGAUCGGGCUACCUGGCCUGUGCGCGCUGCGCUGCCACAGGCUCGCUGAUCGACGUGCAGUUGGAGGGGGAGGGUUCAGCACGAGGAGCAGCCAAUGGGGCGCUUGCAGCGGCAGCUGAGGGAGCAGGAGCAGAGGGAGCAGUUACUGCUGGGCGGCAAGGCAUGAAGGUGGCCAAGCGGUGUCCCAACUGUGCUGGUCUGCGCAAGGUGAUGUGCCCUACUUGCUUGUGCACGGGCAUGGCACUUGCCACAGAGCACGAUCCGCGUAUCAACCCCUUCGAGUGA